ACAUGCCAAAAGUUUUCUUGACAUUGAAAAUUGGUUCAUGUAACAAACAGAAAAAAUAUGAAACAGCCAAAAUUUUAGUGGAAAUGUGAGCAAAAAAUUCAAAAAGCACUACCUUACAUUUGCAAGGGUGGCUCGACGCGGCGGCAGAACGUUUAUGCAAAAGAAGAAGAGGAAGAUCAAAAUGGAGUGUCGCCAAAGAAGAAGUCGACGGCAAGCCGUCUCUUGCAAUACUCUUGGAUGCGAAUCAUCGAGGACGCAACUAUCUAAACCUUGGAAUUUCCUGUAUAGCAUAUCCAGCUUUCUAAUCUUAUCAAGCCUCUUAGGAGUCAUUUACUUAAUGCUGGAUUAUCAUUGUGCUACUUGCGACUCGAAAUGUGAUUUGAAUACUAUUAAUAAGAGCAUAGAGGACAUUGCGAAAAAUCUAGCAAUUAUGAAAAACAGUUACUACGAUUUAGAACUGAAGAUAUCUCGGUUUUCUCAAGAAUUACCGAAGAUAGAAGGACAAAUCGAUAUUUUAGAAGCCCUUGCAGCUGCUCUCGAGAAUAAAGAAACUGGUGGAUGGGAUCCAAAUCAACGAGCCAUUCCUGCAGCAACGCCGAUGUCCGUAUAUGUAUAAACAAGCCUCCAAAUGAUGCACGGAAGAAUGCUUCCAAAUGCGGCUGUGCUAAUAAAAAAUCGACUCCAGUCAAAUACUGACUAUACAAUAAGCAUAAAAUGAGCUAGGUAAAACAAAACAUGUCGAUCAAAGUGCUUUAGAUGAUUUAUUACAAAUAAAGUCAAUGUAUCUUC